UCACCAUGUUAAUUUAUAAUAGCAAUAAGCGCAUAUUAUUUCUAUUAGUCACUCUAUCUCAAGUAUUCAGAAUUGUGAAAUGUCGUGCUGAACCUGAAGCCAAUCCUGGAUUGCUUGGUGGUUUGGCAGGCGGUGCUCUUGGCUCCGUCAUUGGUCACACAUUAUUUCACAAAUCCGAUGAUCAUCAGCAUCACCAUACUUAUCAUGCAACCACUAUAGAUCGACUGGAGACAUUUAUCAAUGGAUGCUAUCGACAAGUGGUGCGAGAACCUGACUCACAUAACACUGAUGACUAUAUAGAAACGGAGCAAAUGUUGUGUCCCAUAAAUGUGCAGCCACCUAUAAUAGGAACAAUGCCUUUGCAGCCACCUUCUUUGACCGCAGGACCAGAUCCUCAGCAAGUUUUUGUUUUGUCUCGAAGAUCUGGCACAUAUAGGAACAGUAGCAAUAGUUUAAUGGCAUCAAGUCUGUUUGCAUUAUUGGUUUUUACUUCAUUAAGCCAUUUUAUGUAGAACUUAACAGAGACAAUUAAGCUCGUCUUGAAAGUGAAAAAAACAAACAAAAGAAUAAAUUGUUUGUCUAGCGGAAAUAAGCGAAUUGUUAAAAUUAUAAUACGAGUAUAUAUGUAUAUCGAGUUAUUAUUUACUAAACUGUAUAGAAAAAUAAAAUUGUAGUGCCCUUACCAAUGCAAA